CCUCUGGCCCGCUGCUUUUCUGACUUCUCUCUUUCUCCGAGGUUUCCUUGAACCCUCCGGCUUUCCCUAAUGGCGCACGAGACCGCCGGGUACCGCCUCAGCUGCGAGCUCCGAGCCCACGAAGACGACGUUCGGGGUAUCUGUAUCUGUGGCGAUUCCGGAUUUGCGACGUCCUCCAGGGACAAGACAGUGAGGUUCUGGGCCCCGAAUCCGGACAAGAAGCACCAGUACGUUCUGUCGAAGACUCUUGCCGGGCACUCCAGCUUUGUGGGGCCGCUGGCCUGGAUUCCUCCUGGGGAUCGUUUCCCUGAGGGUGGGAUUGUGUCUGGAGGGAUGGAUACCCUCAUCUUGAUGUGGGAUUUGGGCAAGGGAGAGGUCGUGGAGACGAUGAAGGGGCAUCAGUUUCAGGUCACUGGUCUUGCGGUCGACGACAAUGGUGAUGUUAUCUCGUCAUCCAUUGACUGUACAAUUCGACGGUGGAGGAAAGGUCAUGCUAUUGAAUUUUGGGAGGCUCAUAAAGUUGCUGUUCAGGCAGUUAUAAAGCUACCCAGUGGCGAGCUCGUUACUGGUUCGAGUGAUUCAACUCUUAAGCUAUGGAGAGGAAGGACCUGUUUGCACACCUUUAUGGGGCACACAGAUACUGUUCGAGGCCUAGCAGUGCUGCCUGGGCUUGGGAUCCUUUCUGCAUCACAUGACUGCUCCAUUAAAUUAUGGGCGUUAACUGGUCAAGUCUUGAUGGAGAUGACAGGCCAUUCCUCUCUUGUUUAUUCUGUGGAUGCACAUUCCUCUGGACUGGUUGCUAGUGGGAGUGAAGACUGUUUCCUUAAGUUAUGGAAAGAUGGAGUAUGUAUCCAAAGCAUUGAACACCCUGGGUGUGUAUGGGAUGCCAAGUUCUUGGAAAAUGGAGAUAUUAUUACAGCAUGCUCCGAUGGAACUGUGCGGAUAUGGACGUUAGAUAAUGAUCGGAUCUGUGAUCCACAGGAACUUGAGGCUUAUGGAGUUGAACUAUCUCUAUACAAAAGCAGCAGGAAAAAGGUUGGUGGGCUGAAGUUGACAGAUCUUCCUGGAUUGGAGGCUUUGCAAGUUCCAGGCACUACUGACGGGCAAACAAAAGUCAUUAGAGAAGGUGAUAAUGGCGUGGCUUAUUCAUGGAAUUCAAGGGAGCAUAGGUGGGACAAAAUUGGUGAAGUUGUUGAUGGACCAGGAGAUAGCACAACUAAUCAGUUUCUAGAUGGUGUUCGUUACGAUUACGUGUUUAAUGUUGACAUAGGAGAUGGUGAGCCUCUUCGUAAGUUGCCAUAUAAUCUGGGAGGUAAUCAAUUUUACCAUUUUUGCUUUUUUUAAUCUUACAUUGUUAUGGGGCCGUCAUACUUCAACAUUUAGCAGUGUUUCAUGAUGAUUCAACUUCAGAUAUUAUGCUUAGCCUUAUAUAGUGUCAAUCUAACUGCUUUUGUUAGUAUCUACAUGCAAAAUUGAUGUUCUAUUGAAUUUGAUGCUUCCUAUAUUUUCCUAGGUAAUUAGUCUGGGAUGUGAUCCUUUUUUGGAAGUUGAAGUACAUAAUUGGUUGGAUAUAAAUUAGUAUUUUUACCUGGAAAUGAUGUCUAUUAGAGUUAUUCAUGUAAUAUU